GUAAAAGAGCUCUUCUUCUCUUCUCCUCUUUCUUCUUCCUGAUUAGAUUUUUAGGGCUUUUGAAGCACGAACGCGUUAAGCUCUAAUCGAGGAAAAAAUGGAGGUUGCGGAUAGGAGAGACGAGGAGAUCAGGGACUCUGGAAACAUGGACAGCAUCAAGUCCCAAUAUGUUACCGACUCUGUUUCCGAAGAACGUCGCUCUCGUGAGCUCAAGGAUGGUCUCCAUCCUCUACGGUACAAGUUUUCGAUAUGGUACACUCGUCGCACACCAGGGGUUCGGAACCAAUCUUAUGAGGAUAACAUUAAGAAGAUUGUGGAAUUCAGCACUGUUGAAGGGUUUUGGGCCUGCUACUGUCACCUUGCUCGUUCUUCUCUCUUGCCUAGUCCAACAGAUCUUCAUUUCUUUAAGGAUGGGAUUCGUCCGUUGUGGGAGGACGGCGCCAACUGCAAUGGAGGAAAGUGGAUCAUUCGUUUCUCAAAAGUUGUAUCUGCUCGCUUCUGGGAGGAUCUGCUUCUUGCAUUGGUAGGCGACCAGCUUGACGACGCUGAUAACAUAUGUGGGGCAGUACUGAGUGUCCGCUUCAAUGAGGACAUCAUUAGUGUAUGGAAUCGCAAUGCUUCUGACCAUCAGGCAGUGAUGGGUUUGAGAGACUCAAUCAAGCGGCAUUUGAAGUUGCCCCAUGCAUAUGUCAUGGAAUACAAGCCCCACGAUGCUUCUCUCCGCGACAACUCUUCCUACAGAAACACAUGGCUGAGAGGAUAGGCUCAAAGUGGACGAUUGUAUCAUGUAAUGUGGAGAAGAUUUGGGAAGCUCAUCUGCAACCUGGGAAGAUAUCUGGAUUGAACCCUGUAUCCAAUACCAUACUGUACCGAAGGCUUACAAUACCAGAAAAAAAAAACAAAAUCCCGGCAAAUUCUGUGUCAGUAUGUGCUCAAUCGUUUUCUUGUUUCUACAUCUUGCUACCUUCAAUGGUUUGACUCUUGUUCAAAACUUCAUUUUCAAUGAAAACUGGAGAUUACGUACUGGUUUACAUUA